CUACUCCCACCUCCCCCUCCGGCGUCAGUGACGUGCACUUUGAGAGCGGGACCUGCCCUCCCGUCGCCAUUUUUUCGACUCGUACUCGCACUCUUCGGCGGCCGUGGAGAGGGCCGACGCGCGCGAAGAACAUCGAAGUAUUACGGAAACACGAGUCGGAGGAAUAUUAGCCGCGCGCGCGUCACCGCUCCGGUGUCACGUGAUGACAUGCACGCGCACAAGCAGAGCCGCCGUUGUGAAAUCAUCUCCAGUGUGAAGACGACGUGUGGCGGGCCGCCAUUUUUCUCCGCCGCCGCCUCCAAAGUCCGCUCCGACUCGAGACUGGUUUUCGAGUAGGCCUUUCCGCGACGCGUGUGCCGAGGAGCUUCUGCUAAGUCAUUUUCCCAGCGGCGACGUUGAGCCGACAUGAGGAAUUACCAGACGAACAACUGAGGCCACUUCUGCACCACCCCUCCUCCUCCUCCUCUUCUCAGAACCAACACUGACCGGAGGAGAUAAAUUAACCGGACGAGAAUCUUCGGUGUCUUCUCGGAAGGAGGAAGCAAAAGGGGAAGCUUCGUUAAUCAUUUGUUGCUUUGGCGGUUUUGGUUUUGUUUGGUCUUUCUUGAUCGCUUUGACCGAGCCCGCUUUCCAAAGGAACCACAGCAUGAUCCAAAGUUGGCUCGGACCAGCCUGCUUGUGAGCUCGUCAGGUAAUUUGCUGGGGGCGGGCGGGGGGUUCUCUGAAGAUCGAAAACCUCCAACCUGCCCUACGACCCCCGAUCUGCAUUGAUUAGUCGUAUACCGAACCCAUCUGGUUCUCACCUGUGGACUGAAUUUAACUUAUUUUCAAUUCGAGAUGUCCACUGCUCGCUUUGACUCAUCUGAUCGUUCGGCCUGGUAUUUUGGACCCGUGUCCCGCCAAGAGGCACAGAAUCGUUUACAAGGACAAAGACAUGGCAUGUUCCUGGUCCGAGACUCUUCCACCUGCCCCGGGGACUACGUGCUGUCGGUUUCCGAGAACUCCAAAGUGUCUCACUAUAUCAUCAACUCUUUGCCCAGCAAGAGGUUCAAGAUCGGAGACCAAGAGUUUGAGCACCUGGCUGCCCUCUUGGAGUUCUACAAAAUCCACUACCUGGACACGACCACGCUGAUCGAACCAGCUCCCAGGUACCCAAGCACAGUGAGCGCCCCGAUCCAGACCUUGGGCGGCCAAGAAGACAACCUGGAGUAUGUUCGGACUCUGUACGACUUCACCGGCAGCGACGCCGAGGACCUUCCCUUCAAGAAGGGCGAAAUUCUCAUCAUCCUCGAGAAGCCCGAGGAACAGUGGUGGAGCGCCAAGAGCAAAGACGGCCGCGUGGGCAUGAUCCCCGUCCCCUACGUGGAGAAAUUGGUACGACCCGCGCCCCACCCGGGCCAGCCCAACCUGAGUUCGCGCAACUCCAACAGCUACGGCAUCCCCGAGCCCUCGCAUGCCCUCGUCCACGCCUACGCCCAGCCCCAGACGCCGUCGCCGCUCCCCCCGGGCACGCCUGGAGCCGUCAACACGCUGCUGUCGUCCUUGCAGAACGGACCCGUCAUGGCCAAAGCCAUCCAGAAGCGAGUGCCCUGCGCCUACGACAAGACGGCUCUUGCUUUAGAGGUGGGCGACUUAGUCAAGGUGACACGGAUGAACAUCAACGGUCAGUGGGAGGGGGAGGUGAACGGACGCCGGGGUCUCUUCCCAUUCACCCACGUGAAAAUCCUCGACCCCCAGAACCCGGACGAGAGUGACUGACCGACCUAAGUGUCCGCCUCCUUGCCAGGACGUGAGUGCGCGUGCCCCUGUGUGCAUUUCCUGCUAGGGGCUGUCUCGUGAGAAGAUGCCCCGCCCCCUUCCCCUGGGCUCUUUUUCUUCUUCUUCCCCCUCCCACCGCUGUUGCCGACUGCUGCACGGCUUUGACUGUUGAUCCAGCCAAACCUGAACCGCACUCCCCCCUGACCAGAAGUUGUUCAUACACCAGGGUUCCAUCUCAUACAAUGUAUGUUCAGCACAUGAUGUUUUUAGUGUGUGUAUGUUGUGAUUAUUUGUACAAAAAGUGGCAAGGAGGGGGGGGAGCAGUGAAUGAGGCGAUGUCAUAUUUUCUCUCUGCGAGCGUUUAAUUAAGCACACACACGCACGAGCGCCUAAGGAGUCGGUGCGUAUCUGUCGCUAAUCCCGAUCUCCGCCGUCCGUGUCAAUUUGUAUGACUUGUGCCACCUGGGGCAAGAAUUUGUUUCAUUCGCGACGGACAGGAUGUUUGUAGGCGGGGUGUCUUCGCAUAUCUCCGAGCUAACCACGGCAAGCUUCCAACCGUAGCGGUGGCGGGGAACCUCGCGUACCAAACAGCCUGCAAUCAAAUUCUUAGAAUUUUGCUCAUAAUAUUUAAUAAGCAGACAUGGGAUUGUUGCAUUGUUUUUUUUUUGUCGUGAAUCGAAUAUGGCCUUCAGAGGACUAUAAACUAAAAUGGUUCCUCAGCACUCCACUAUAGCAUGUGUGACAUGACGUGGAGGUGCAGGUGAGAAACGCACGCACGCACGUCGGUCAGCCAAUGAGAGCCCAUAAAUGCCUUGUUUCUGACGGAGAAAGAUAAUUCUUGUUUUUAAAGAUGAUGUUACUCUGACAUGUCGAUUUAGGAUUUUAACAAGCUUUUUUUUUUUUCUAUGUUGGGCCUGCGCAGCGCUCGAUCUCUUUAUGCAAGCUGCCUCGUGUCAGUCGUGGAAAUGUCGGUUCUAUUUUAACUGUAGGAGCCCUCACACUCUUGACAUAUCUGCUGUAAAAAUAAUAAUAAUUAUGACCUGCCUCUUUGCUAGUUUUUUUUUUUUGGGUCAGAGGAGUUGCUGUGACUGAUUUGAGCGAUGCUGUUCAACAAAAGGGAAACGGGCCCCUCGGCCAAGGAGACGCUUGUGGCCACAUGCUGCUUGAUGUCGUUCAUUUUUUUCCCCCCUUCAUUCUUAUUUUGUCUUUUCCAACCUCCCGGUCUUCACACUCGAUCCAAUCUACUAAUUAAGCAAUACAUCCCCCUCCGAUUGUCAGUGAACCCUCCCUGAGGUGAACUUGUCGUGCUUCUGAGUUGUUUUUAAUGGCAUUAACAGUAUUAGCGUGUCCCCGGACUCCUUGGAUUUCAAGCCUGUCUUUUACUUAAGGAUUAAGAAUUGUGCCUUUUAUUUUCUUAUACCAUUGACACGUGUUAAUAUUUCCCAUGGUUAACACCCGUGCUGGUAUUGACCCUUUAUGUACAGAACAAGUAAAUAAAUUUACAUCUACUACCGAAA